AUGAUUGCUCUUUCCCUCUGCUUGGGUCUCAACCUCCUCGGAUCGCUCGAAAACUAUGCCGGUAUUCUUCGUUGGUCUUUGCUGAGUCGGCGAUAUGUGUCCUUGGAGACAUUCGAUCUUAUUCUCGGCCUAGAGAAACUGAGCAAUGUUGUCAAACUGAUGGUCAUCUCUCUGCCUUUGGUCCGGCGUUGGAAAUAUCUGCAAAGAUUUGGUUGGUUCAAAGUUGUGCGGCAAGAUGGUUCCAGAUGGACGUGGCUCGUAUGUCUGAUUUGGCUGGGCAUCAACAUUGGCUCGCAGGUGCUCAUUGCCCUCUCGAGUCUCUUCUAUCCAAUGGACGCAUCUAUAUCUCCGCUACUCACUCACGGCAGUGUUGUCAUUGCAGACCUAACGCGAUGGCAGCCCGUUGAGGACCCGGAGACUAAGCAAUCUCUGGACUUUGAGAAGGCAUGGAUGCUCGGCAUGGAGGCCAUUGCUUAUACUGACUAUAUGCCCAAUGACACACAGAAAGAUCUCUCCAUCCUCUCAGGUACACCGCUGUACAAAUAUGAGGACUCCUACGGAUAUCGCUUCUUCAAUCGUAACCCUAUCCACCAGUAUUCUGAUUAUUUCCUCAGCAAUCGCAUCAUAUACGCUAGGGCGACAUGUGACGAGCUCGACGUAAAGGAAGGGAUUGUAGAUGAUGACAGCACCUUCAGUAUCGAGGGGAAACUACCCACCGCAACAAACUGGACCAAGUAUUAUCUGCCCGAGUACGCUGGUGGAGCCCUCACUUGGAUGGCUUCUGUACCGGAGUAUUGUGGUGCACGCUGCACAAACUUCACUGUUGUGCAGCCAGCACUAAAGAGCUACAACAUCACUGAAACAUCACUCUUUCUUUGCAACAGUACCGUUUCCAUGGUGGAAUGGGGUGUUGACGGGCCCGACAUCGGGAUAGGCAAUGAUACGGAUGCAUUUGCCGCUUUUGGCAGCGAUGACUGGGCGCGCACAGCUUCAGGAUCCAUAGGCUGGACAGGCAUACCGACAAUAGGCUGGGAGGACAUACAAUGGCGAACCUACACACAGGGCUCCAAGUGGUCUCCUGUGAGCGUCAUGAACGAGUCCUCAGUAGCCGAUAUACUGAUGCGCUUUACCAUUGGCGCAAUCGCUGCAUUUGACGACCACGGCGUCCGGCACAAUAUCACGGGCACUGUCCCAGCACAAGGCCAGCAGCUCAACGUCGAUUGGUCUUACAUGCUAAGCAUAUUGGGCGGGAUUUGCUUCAUGCAAUUUGCUGCAUUCUGCUGCCUAGUACUGUUCGCGAACCGCACAAUCAUCAGAGACGAAAGUUACUUCAGUAUGGCGAUGCUGUUGAGUCCCGUCAUUGGCCGCAUCGGCAAGGACAGCGGAAGAAUGAACAUGAGUGGAGAUGAAAUCAAGCAAGACACCAAGCUCCGAUAUGAGAAGAUCCAGUACAGUUACCGUGAGGGCAAGGAUGGUGGUCCGCAUCAAGUAGAUAUCCUCUUUUACGGAAGAGACAGCAGAGAGAGCAGGAAAAGUUGGGCUGCGGGUAUAUACAGCUGA